GAUCAGCAAUGUCAACGAUUUUUGUGGUAUGAAGGUGACGAACAGGAGCCUAGUACAUUUGUGAUGCAGGUGACCUUCGGUGCGUGCUGCUCUCCGAGUGCAGCUCAAUUUGUGAAAAAUAAAAACGCAAAGAGAUUCGAAGUCGAGUUCCCGCGUGCCGCGGCUGCUAUAAUGAAAAACCACUAUGUAGAUGAUUGGCUUGCAAGCGCUGAGACGGAAGAAGAGACUAUUGAACUAGCGAGAGCAGUCCGGCACGUUCAUGCGAAGGGUGGGUUUGAAAUGCGGAAUUGGGUGUCCAACUCCCCUAAGAUUUUAUCAGCCCUUUGCGAGAGACCAACAGGUUCCAAAGAUUUGAACUUAGGAGCUGCAUUAGCUGCGGAGAAGGUAUUAGGAAUGUGGUGGGAUACAUCGACAGAUUCUUUUGCCUUCAAAAUUUGUUGGACGCGGUUGGAUCAUGAUCUUCGGAACGGAUGUCGACGACCAACGAAACGAGAAAUGCUCCGUAUACUGAUGACCAUUUUUGAUCCAUGAGGGUUGAUUGCACAUUUUCUCAUGUUCCUGAAGAUCAUUCUUCAAGAGGUAUGGCGUUUGGGUGUACAAUGGGAUGAGGCUAUCCCUGAAAAACAAUUUGAGAGCUGGAUGUACUGGGUAGAACUGCUCCCAACAUUAGAAAAUGUUCGCGUUCGAAGAUGUUACCGGCAGGAAACGUCUAUCAGCAACAGUAAUGUCAUCCAGAUGCACACGUUUGUUGACGCCAGCGAGAAUGGAAUGGCAGCCGUUGUUUUUCUACGCUGUGAAGAAAAUGGAAGAAUUGAGUGUACGCUGGUGGGAGCUAAGACUCGUGUAUCUCCUCUGAAGUAUAUGUCCAUCCCAAGAUUGGAACUCCAGGCAGCGGUGAUUGGGACUAGGUUAGCCGAUUCUAUUAUGGAGAAUCUUACCAUCAAAAUAUCAGAGAGAUUCUUUUGGUCAGAUUCCCGCAAUGUACUGUGUUGGCUAAACUCUGAUCAUCGUCGUUAUAGCCCAUUUGUCGCCGCUAGGGUAGGAGAGAUACUAGAAUCAACGGAUGUCAAUGCGUGGAAAUGGGUACCCACAAGAUCUAAUGUUGCCGACGAUGGGACUAAAUGGGUGCGUCAACCAGAUUUAACUCCUAACAGCAGAUGGUACCGUGGGCCAGAUUUCCUACGGCAGAGUCGAAAUAAUUGGCCUGUUAUGUUGCUUAAAAACAACUCAACAAAUGAAGAACUACGACCUAAUGUAUUAUUUCAUCAACAAACGACAAAUCCAGUGAUUCAAGCAACUAAAUUCUCGAGGUGGCAACGUCUGGUGAAUGUAACUGCAUACGUGGUGAGAUUUGUCUCGAACGUUAAACUCCGUCAGAGUAAACUACCUUUAAGUGUUGGACCUUUGACUAGCCUCGAAUUACGCAGAGCGGAGGAGCAGAAUCUCCGGCAAGCACAAAGCGAUAAAUAUAUGGAUGAACUACUCCUUUUGACAAAGGCAAAGUCUACCCGAACGAUAGCUAGCGUUCCCAAAUCAAGUUCACUGUAUAAGCUAAGUCCGUUCGUGGAUAACAGUGACAUGUUGAGAAUGAAAGGAAGAGCCAACGCGUGUGAAUUUCUCAGCUACGAGACUAAGAAUCCAGUUAUCCUGCCAACAGAUCACCCAAUCACCAAUCUUAUUGUUGCGAGCUAUCAUGAUAGGUUUCAUCAUCGAAAUCAUGCGACGGUUAUUAACGAGAUUCGUCAAAAGUAUCACAUAAUUCGUCUCCGAGCAACACUCUCCAAGGUCAGGAAGAACUGUCAGCGAUGCAAGAAUAGGGAUGCAGUUCCGCACCCUCCUGAGAUGGCAGAACUACCUUUCGCCCGACUAGCUGCCUUCACACGACCAUUCACGCAUGUUGGGGUUGACUAUUUCGGACCGAUUGAAAUUAACAUUGGAAGGAGAGUCGAGAAGAGGUGGGGGGUAUUGCUAACGUGCCUUACAGUGCGAGCGGUUCACAUAGAGGUCGCCGCUUCAUUGAGUACCAGUUCGUGUAUCAUCGCACUCCGUAAUUUUGUGUUGCGACGUGGAACCCCUAGAGCGUUUUAUAGCGACAGAGGUACAAACUUUGUGGGAGCCCGUAGAACUUGAAAAACACCUGAAAAAUAUUGAUCAAAACGCGAUUGCUGAGGAAUUUACUAGCUCUGAAACAGAAUGGAACUUUAAUCCCCCAGCUUCACCUCACAUGGGAGGGGCCUGGGAGAGGCUAAUUCAGUCUGUGAAACGAAAUUUAACCGAAGUUCUGCGUACAAAACGACUCACAGAGGAAGAACUCCGGAAUGCGUUAAUCGAAAUAGAGAAUGUGCUAAAUUCACGCCCCUUGACACAUGUUCCUGUUGAUGCCAAUUCGGAUACGGCACUAACUCCAAAUCAUUUAUUAUUGGGAUCGUCAGGCAGCUCAAAACCACUCACCACUUGUGACGACAAUGCUACAGUAGUACGACGAGGCUGGCAGAUCUCUCAAAUAAUGGCGAACCAUUUCUGGAGACGCUGGCUGCGUGAUUACAUACCGGAAAUAACCAGACGAACAAAGUGGUUUCAGAAGGUUAAACCAAUUGAAGUAGGCGAUGUCGUCGUUAUAGCCGAUCCAAAUCAUCCAAGAAACUGUUGGCCAAUAGGCAAGGUUAUAGCUACUUCCCUUAAAGGCGACCAGGUGCGUAGCGCUACAGUACAGACGGCGAAAGGUAUAUACGAACGUCCAGCAGUGAAGUUAGCCGUUUUGGACAUAGCGAGCGAAGAGAAGUAAACCGAAUCUAUGCUUUCGGUUCACGGGGGGGAGUGUUACGAACCUUUGGUGUCGUGCGCUCCCAUCUAUAAUUACCUUGCCCUAAUGACGAUCAAAGUUGUGUUGGUUUGUUUUAUUUGUAUUAUGUUUUGGUAUGUUGUAUGGGUUAUUGUUUAAAUUCAGAAGUUGAAAAGGAUCCUACGGAGGCUGAAAGUUCCUUUAUGUAAUGUCGAUUGUAGUCAGUAAUAGAAAUAGUGUCUAUAGUGAAAUAUAUGUUGAAAGGUGAGACCUGUCCUAUUUGUAGAAGGAUUAAAUAGUGUUACAAGCCAACCAUUUCAGAUUACGACAAUAUUGCGAGUGCGAGAAGCUUCAAUAAUAGCAGAACAUUGCGAUUCGCUAAGCCCAGGGCAAUAGUCUUACUGCGGUCGGUCGGAAAGUAGAGCACGAGAAGGAAAGAAGAACACUAAACGUGAGUCUUAUGAGAUUAAGAUAAAAUGUAAAUUUGUCAUAUAUGUCUCCUCCGUAGGAUUUUAAAAACACUUGAAAUACAGUUUUUGCAAAAUCGGAAAUCGAUUUAUUCUUUCCUGCCACAACAAUAAAUCCUCCCCUAUCGUAGAUAUCGCAAUAAUGAGAGCAAUAAUGCUCCAGUCUACAUAGUAUUCCCACUGCAUCCCACUGCUAUGCCAGUUAUGUCUUCUCUUAGUAUGUCAAUUAUAGCUACAAAUGUGUAUAUAGAAAAUAUACAAACAAUCUGUGUUUGUGAAAGGCAACAUAAAAAACCAAAUAACUAACCGUAUUCUUUCUUGCUGUGACUUUAAUUAAAAAUAUCCACUAUAUUUCCAUACUGGACUCCCCGCAUGCCAGAAUUUCACAUCCGCACACACCAC